AUUACUACUAAGGGCAGUUAUGAUCAAUUACUGGAAUUCUUUUAUGUUAUGAAAGAUAUAAUAAUAUUUGAAAAGCCAGCGGACAGCGAUCUAUCUCGUGAUUUGAUGAAUAAGUUUGUUCUGCGUUUUUCUGUACCUUCUACUGUCAUUCGAGCACUCGUCGGGAAAGGCGGACAAGCAAUCGACACUUUGCGUAAACUUUCUUUAGCCUCCAUUGUUAUCCAUUUUGCUGAAAAAGAAGACGGAGAUAGCAUUAUUGAGCUCGAGGGAAGUGUGAGUGCAAUUUCCGAAACCUUCCCUAUGGUACUGAUGCGCCUGCUCUGCCUGCGUCCUGGAAUUUUACUCCCAGGAUCUGAAGGCGAGGAGAUUCCUGCUACAAAGAAAUUCAACCGCGAACUUCUCUCCAGCUCCGACAUGUUCUCGGAACAUCUCUUCUUCGCCCUCAAUCCGACCAUGUCCAUCGGAGAGUUCCGCGAAAUCCUCGAGAAGGAGCCGAGCGGCAAGGAAAGUGUGCAUGAUUAGUGCAGGAUCGAUCAUCGGCCCGUCUGGCUCUGUGAUUAAUCAGAUUCGAGCUUCGACCCAGACGUCAAUCAAAAUAACCAAGGCUGGCAAGGGAAUCCAUCAGCGAUGUGUGACUGUGAACGGUGAGGGGAAUAAUGUGUUGCAGGCUGGAAAGCUCCUUAUCGAGCAUUUGGAGCGGAGUGAGUAGUUCAUUGUUAUUGCUCU